AUGCUUUCUUUACUUACACUGCUCAAUUUCAAGAAAUACGAUUGUGAGUUCCAUGAUGUUCCAAAUACGGUAAGUGCACUUUAUUCAGCAUAUGUUAGUUUUAAACCAAAAACAUCAAUAAAAUUAUUUAAUAUUUCUACGCAACCAUCAAUUCAAACAUCUUAUACAUUCUAUGGAUACGUGACGCAGUUUAGAGCAUUUACUCUUGGCGAUGGUUAUUCAGCUAUUCCGAUAAUUAUUAUAUCUUGCAUUACAAUAAUUGUAGCACUAGUUAUAUCGUUUUCAUGCGCAUGUGCGUGCAUCCCCCAUAAAUCAACCAGACCAGGCAUAUGCUCUUUAAUCUCGUAUAUAAUUUUUUCGAUUAUCUUCUUUGUUUCGAUGAUUUACUACUGCAUGAAUAUAUACUAUGGAGAAGGAUUCUAUUCUCAAUUCACAAACUUCCCAGAAGUAGCAAACGCUGCUCUUGUAAACUUAAAAGAAGAUUUCUUAAGUUAUAACGAUACACAGUGCGGAAGGAAAAAGAAGGACUUAUAUGACGAGGUAGCAUCUAUCAUAGACAAAGGUAUAAAUUCGACAUAUUUACUCGAGCACCAUUUCAGAAGAGUUCCAGUUAGGACAUGGACCAUUAUCCGCGUCUGGAUUUAUAUAUUCUUUGCUUUCUUCAUUCUUAUGUACGUUUUUCAGACUCUUGUUUACUUUUCCAGAUCAAAACUUUCGAUCUGCUGCGCUUCUUCAUAUUCAUUCUUCGUAAUCAUAGUUGCUCUUUUGUUUGGAGCACUAGGAGUUACAGUAACAGCAAUUGCAACUGCUGGAAAAGAUGUUUGUGAAAAUGGCUAUGAUUUGACUCAGAAUUUCUUCAAUCAAUUCUUAUCUAAUACAUCCAUUCAAGAAAUACCAGUUGAUGCCUUGAAAGAUCCUGAUUUUGAUUACAGUAAAUAUUAUGAUUGGCAAGAAUGUGAUCCUGAAGAAAAUGUUACUAUCCCAGCAUUAUCAUGCGGCACAAAUAACACACUUAGCAACUUCUGUGCCAAUCCAGUUCCAUAUUUUGCCUCGUAUUCUAUAUUUAUUCACCUAAUGCUUAUUUCAUUGAUCGGAUUUUCAAUUGUAAUCAUCGUCCAAAGAGGUUCAAUGCUUUCCGAUGAUACCGUUGCUGUUUACGACCAGAAUCAGCCUUAUGGAGUUACUUCCAGCCCAAGAAAGGCAAAUAACAACGUAUUUGAUCAUCCAUCAUCAGAUUUCUCUGAUAGCGACUCAUACCGUGUUGACCACAACCGCGUUGGAUACUUGUAA